GGAAGCUUCAACCUCAUCUGGCAAGGAACAGGUGCAUUAGCAAUGUCAACCGGGUCACUGAGUGAUGCUGAGGACAUCCACGAAUUACCUGUUUUACAGCUGAAUGCACAGAGUAGACGGCCCACGCGGGACAUGACAUCGGAGUCACUUAUCCACUCAAGAGAUAACUCUGAGGACGAAUUCUGCAUAGACGACAGUUACGAGGGGAAAAGCAAACGGCCGAAGACCAGCGCCAAGGGGCUGGGGAAAAACCAAUCGGAUGGCCGCCAGACUCAAAGGAACGCCGCCAACGCCAGGGAGAGGGCGCGAAUGAGAGUGCUUAGCAAAGCCUUCUCAAGACUGAAGACGAGUUUGCCGUGGGUACCGGCAGACACCAAGCUCUCCAAACUGGACACGCUGCGACUUGCCUCCAGCUACAUUUCUCAUCUGAGGCAGCUCUUGCAGGAGGACCGUUAUGAGAACAGUUUUGUGCAUCCGGUAAAUUUGACGUGGCCCUUUGUGGUCUCAGGCAGACCAGAGGACAGCAAAGAGAUCGCGACCGCUGCCAGAUUGUGUGGGGCUACUGCAUGA